UAUGCUAAAGUAACCAAUGCACAAACAUGGCAAAGAGCCAGAUGGAUGAGCAAUGCUUCUGCUCGUUGAUGUGAGUCCGCUGCUGCUCAUGAGCUGUUCGUGUUAUGUUUUCAUUAGUUUGCUAAGCAGCUGAUGUUGCAGUAGAACCCUGUGGUGAACUUGCAUCAGCUUUGUGACUUGUAUUACCUACGUAAAUAAAUGAAAUGACUCAUAGAAAUAAAUGUGUGCAUGAAAUUAAGAAUAAACCCUGUGUUUACUGAUAGUUACACUACCAGUCAAAGGUUUGAACACAUCUUCUCACUCAUUGGCUUUUAUUUGUUUUCUACAUUGUAGAUUAAUACUGAAGACAUCAAAACUGUAAACGAAUACAUAUGGAAUUAUGUUGUAAAUAUUAAUCUUAAUUAUUAAUCUACAGUGUAGAAAAUAAUACAAAAAAAAACAUUGAAUGAGAAGGUGUGUCCAAACUUUUGACUGGUGUACGUUGACUCACAACCUCAGCAUGUUCCGUCAUGCUUUGCCUGCUGAGUUCACUAAGACAAGUUGGCUUAUCCCAUUCCUCAAAGAAAGACUUUUCACUGGCCAAGAGGUCAGGUCUGAACGGCACCAAGCUGUUGCAUGAAUUUCUUUGCACUUUCCAUCCAUUCAUUCCGUCCCGCAGCAGUGCAAAGAAAGACAGCGUUGACGGAUGGACUUCUGUUAAAGCCGAGUAAGAGCAGCAGUUAAAUGUAGGUAACUGUAAUCAUCCUUUAUUUACGUACUGCACUGGUGUCUUUUAGCUCACGACCUUCACUUGUCAGUAACUGUAACCAAUCUGCAUAUGAAGUAGCAUGGCACAUCUUUAAAAUGUGCAAAAUUUGGCUUUAAAUCUAAAUUGUGUGGUAGCAUGAAAUCGAAUAUGAUAUUUUAAAAAACAAUUAUAUCAUCUUUAUUUGUGAUUUCACCCACUAUAUGAGUCAGUGUUUGUGAUUGUGGUUAGAAAUGAUUCCCUCACACAGUAGGCAGGUGUAUCACUGGGUUGAUAUUGGUAGGUUGAUGGCUGACCCUGGCUCUAUUUCUUGGCUGCUGUGGCAAUGGGUGGAGAGUGAUGUCAGAUUUAUCCUUGGAUCUGCAGGGCUGGGCUGGCCUCUAUAUAUAUAUAACCCUGAGCUUCUCUCUACUCUUGCCUUGCUCAGUGUCUCUCAGGGACUCUCAGCCUGCUCUCCCUCUGCGGCCUCCUCCUUUGUGCUGACCAACUUUUUGCACCCAAUAACCAAGAACCAUGGCCCAGCAACAGCAGAUUAGCUUACCAGCCAAACUGAUCAACGGAGGGAUUGCAGGCAUGGUAGGAGUCACCUGUGUGUUCCCAAUCGACCUGGCCAAGACCCGACUGCAGAACCAGCGCAGCGGGCAGCAAGUCUACAAGAACAUGAUGGAUUGCUUAAUUAAGACAGUUAAAUCUGAAGGCUAUUUCGGCAUGUACAGAGGCGCUGCUGUAAAUCUUACCCUGGUAACUCCAGAGAAGGCCAUCAAGCUAGCUGCUAAUGACUUCUUUCGCCACCAGUUGAGCAGAGAUGGGGGUAAGUUGACCAUUUUCAAAGAGAUGUUGGCGGGAUGUUGUGCAGGAAUGUGUCAGGUCACCAUCACCACACCCAUGGAGAUGCUCAAGAUCCAGCUGCAGGAUGCAGGCAGGCUAGCCGCCCAGCAGAGGGUGAUGCCUAGUGUGGUAACAACUCUGAAGAUCGGAGGGACCAGUGCCGUUCUUAGCCGCUCCUAUAACGCCAGCCCUCAAGUCAUGCGAAUGUCCGCCAUUCAGAUCACCAAAGAACUGCUGAGGACCAAAGGAGUCACUGGACUGUACAGGGGACUUGGGGCCACACUCAUGAGGGACAUCCCGUUUUCUGUUGUGUACUUCCCUCUUUUUGCUCAUCUGCACCAGCUUGGCCAGCAUUCGUCUGAAGACCCAUCUGUGCCUUUCUAUUGGUCCUUUAUGUCUGGCUGCUUGGCUGGAUCCAUUGCUGCUGUGGCCGUCAGUCCUUGUGAUGUGGUCAAGACAAGGCUACAAUCACUCAAAAAAGGAGCUAAUGAGGAAACCUACAAUGGAGUAGUGGACUGUGUCAGGAAAAUCCUGAAAAAAGAAGGUCCUGGAGCUUUUCUCAAGGGUGCCAGUUGCCGGGCUCUGGUUAUUGCUCCGCUCUUUGGCAUUGCCCAGGUUGUGUACUUUGUCGGUGUUGGAGAGUUCCUGUUGGGGUAUACUCCCUACAACAUCACUUCUGCAUAAACAAGCUGUUUCCAAAUCUUUCUGCCGUCUCAUUAAAUUACGGCAGCUAUGCCCUGGGCGUAGCAAUGGGCUCAGCUCUCUGUUACUGUGUACCUUCUUUUUUGUUGGAGGUUUGGGAUAAAACGCUAAAGGGACCAGAGAGAGAAGCCAUGUUUUUUCAGAAUGGUUUCAAAUUUAGCCUUUAGCUAGACUAUCUGUUAUGGAAGAGACUGAGAGAGAAGCUUACCUGUUUGUGGGUUUUGGUAGAGCUUAUUGCAGGAAAAGGGAGCUGCUUCCCUCACUGAGGGACUUGUAAAUAUGUUGAUCACCUUUUCGUUCAGAAUUGACUUGGCUGCACUCUUGUACACCCCAAACUUGUUCCUCUGUUUUCUUAGAUUUAGCACCCCAUAUUAUUUAACCUUGACUGUAAUCCUAACUUGCACAUCGCUCCACCUGCCAAAUAUCACCAAAUCUGGAUGGUAGGAUAUUGAAGCUUUACUUGAAUACCUUUUGUGCUGUUUUAAAGGGUUACAUGUAAAACAAAGGCAUGGAUGUUGAUUCCAGUCAGUGAAUAUACAAUAUAUUUGUUUUUAAAGUAGAGGUGAUUUGCCAAAUAACUUCUUCCACAACAUGUUUUCCCCAUGCUGUCCUCUAAACAGCUUGAAUGGGAAAAUAUCUGGGAAACAGAUUGUUUACGUGGUCAUAACUUGGAAUGAAUUCAAUUUUUGGACUGUCUGUUCACCAGAUUGCCACACUCGGAUUCUUUGUUGCAUUAAGUUGAGUAAAAAGGAGUGAUGAUUAUGAUUUCUGGAGAUACAAUUUCAGAAAACACUGUGGCUGAAGUACUUGUCCAGGGUGUGCCUUGCCUUCGCCCUGAGUUGGCUGGGAUAGGCUCCAGCUCCCCCGCAACCCUACGGAGGAUUAAGCGGUGUAUCGCUAAUGGAAGGAUGGAUGAUUGUGGCUGAAGCGAUUUUUAUGGUGCACAAUGAAUCUCUUCUAAGGAAGUCUACAAAAUUCUGAUAAUUCAAGCCUGAGCUCAGUGGGUAAAUGGAUCAAUGAGGCCUUUUGCAGUUGACUUUGGAGAGCUGCCUUUUUGUGGUAACGGAAAUGGAAAGUGUUUGAUGGUCGCAAAGUAAAGCGAUGGCAGACCAGACAUUAUUGAUGGAUUCAUGAAGCUUUUGGGACCAAGUCUUCUGAAAAAUAGUGUAACAUCUUCUGAACAUGUAGCCAUGUUCUCGUAGCUGAUUACGGUUUGGUGGUCAGGAGCACACACAGAUGUGUCAUGUUAGGCUGUUUAAAAGCAAACCAGAGUGCAAUGUUGGUCUCAUCUGGAAAACCUCAAGGCUCAAAAUGCUUUCAGUGCUUUUAACAAUGUAAAUAUGUGUCUUGUAUUAUUUUCACUUUUCUCAAACUGUGCAAGUUCAACUCAAACUGAGAGCAGCUUUGACCUUUCAACACACCAAAAGCGUUCCAGCCAGUUGGGAAAAUAAUUCUUUUUUAAGUUCAUUUUGGAAUUAUGCAUGUAAAUACAGAUUUCUAAAUGGUGAAUAAAUAUUUAUAAAUGCUGUG